UGCCUUCUUGCUUUGGACUUUGUUUCACCAACAACAUGCAGCAGAAUCGCCUUUCUCGUUGGUAUUUUGGUGGAGUCUCCUCCAGUGUGGCUGCCUGUUUAACACACCCACUGGAUUUAAUUAAGGUGCACUUACAGACGCAGCAGGAGGUGAAGGUGAGGAUGAUUGGGAUGGUUGUUACCGUGGUGAGGAGAGAAGGUUAUCUGGCGCUCUACAGUGGCCUCAGCGCGUCCCUCUUCCGGCAGAUGACAUAUUCUUUAUCACGGUUUGCCAUUUAUGAAACUGUCAGGGACGAGAUGAACAGGAAGAACAAAGGUUUCAUGCCUUUCUACCAGAAAGUCUUGAUGGGUGCCUUUGGAGCGGGAAUAAGGAAACUGUUCUCUGGUGCUUCAAUGGCUUCUACUAGAGGUGCACUGGUCUCUGUCGGACAGCUGUCCUGUUACGAGCAGUCCAAGCAGUUAGUUCUGGCUGCUGGUUACCUGACUGACAACAUCCUCACUCACUUCCUGGCCAGUGUGUUUGCGGGAGGCUGUGCCACACUCCUGUGCCAACCACUUGAUGUUGUUAAAACAAGAUUAAUGAACUCAAAACUGGAAUAUGGGGGUGUGUUUCACUGUCUAACAGAAACAGCAAGACUGGGCCCAAAGGCAUUUUACAAGGGUCUUGUUCCCGCAGCUAUCCGUCUCAUCCCUCACACAGUCUUCACCUUCAUAUUCCUCGAACAACUGAGGCAGCAUUUUGGUGUAGUGGUAGUCACCUGAGAGAGUUGUAAGGAAGUCUCUGCAGUUUCACUGGUUCUCUGUGUUGGACAGCUUCAUUAUUGAUGCUAUUCCUACAAAGCCAUCUCAGCAGGAGUCCACUAGAUACCACUAAUUACAAGAACCAAGAGUAAGUCACAUACCAAUGUACGUCUAAAAAACCCCAUUUUCCUGCAAAAUAAAAAAGUUCAUCGGUAACAGAAAAUUAAAGUGAGUCAUGCAU